GGGGCCGAAGGAUGUGUGUUUGGUGUGUGAGAGGGCGUUGCGUGUGCUGUGCUCGCGAGCCAUAUAAUGGGCCUUUAGUAUACGAGUGGUGCUCUCAUUUUCAAGAAGUCAAGAAGGUCGAAAAAAUAUGAGUCUGAAUACCGAACAGUUGAUUUUGAAAAACACUGAACUGAGGGAACGUUUGCGUAGGGAGGCAAAGAGUGCAACCCCGGGAACAUGGAAUACGGAAGAAAGAUAUUGCAACAAUGAUUCCUUGGAUUCUGGAGUCGCCGGACUGAAGGAUCCACAUUUUAACAGCAACAAAAACAGUGAUACAGAAACAUCAGAAUAUAUAGUAGAUCCUUCAGCGAGAACUACAUACCUUAAAGGAAAAUUCUUAGGGAAGGGCGGAUUUGCACGGGUACACGAAUUGAUUGAUCUCACUACCAACACUGUGUACGCUGGCAAAAUCAUCCCCUUGAAUCGAAUCACAAAAAGACAUCAUAUGCAGAAGAUUGCACGGGAGAUACUGAUACAUCAGAACCUUGUACACAAAAAUGUUGUGAGGCUUCAUCAUUUCUUUGAAGAUACUGUGAAUGCAUACAUCAUUCUUGAAAACUGCUCAAGGAAGUCAUUGGUACAUGUUCUGAAGCACCGAAAUGUCAUAACGGAGCCUGAGGUGCGAUACUACCUGUGUCAGCUUGUAACAGGUGUAAGCUACAUUCACAGUCAACGUGUGAUACAUCGUGAUCUCAAACCAGGUAACAUGUUCCUUGGUGAGGACAUGGUCGUCAAAGUUGGUGACUUUGGCCUGGCAACGCAGGUGGAUGGUGACAAGCGGGUGACCAUCUGUGGAACCCCAAAUUACAUAGCACCAGAAGUGCUAAAUAAACUGAGCUACAGCUAUGAAGCUGAUGUGUGGGCAAUCGGAUGCAUCAUGUAUGCAAUGUUGGUUGGUCAGCCUCCCUUUGAAACUGCCACACUGAAGGAGACAUAUGCCCGCAUUGUAGGCAAUAAGUAUGCUCUCCCACCUCUUGCUUCAGAACAAGCACGAUCAUUAAUCUGUGAGCUCCUGCAGCCAAAGCCUGAAGAGAGACCUAAACUUGAUGAAAUUUGCAAGCACGAGUUUUUCACAAGUGGUUAUAUGCCUGAAACACUUUCUCCUUCCUGUUGCUACACAAUGCCAAAAUUUGCAUCUGCUGCCUUGCUUUCAAGGGCACCACAGCCACAGUCCCAAGUCAUAUAUCAGGCUCCAGUCUUGAGUCAAGAUCUGAAAUCUCUGAUGAACUCUGUAUCUACUUUAAAAAUUCCCUCACAGAAGAAUCCAACCACCAUAGCUAAGUUCUCCCCAAAAGAUAAAGCAGCCUGCAGUAAUCCUGGUGCUGGAAGCAUUCUAACACCUGCACGCAAAGAUAAGGAUCUACGUCAAAGCUCUCUGAAGCAAAAGCUAAGCAGUGUCCUGUGUCCAGAUAAGAUGACAUUGUGCCGCAAGAGAUCUAAUAAUGCUGCCACCAUGUAUCGGUUUCUGUCUGAUUGCAUUAGUAAGAUGCCUACUGCAACACCAUCUGGAAAUCCACCACCUGUUGCUACAGUAGCACCCCUCUUUGUGUCAAAAUGGAUUGAUUAUUCAAAUAAGUAUGGGUUUGGAUUCCAGUUAUCUGACAAAUCAGUUGGUGUCCUCUUUAAUGAUAGUACACGUAUCAGCUUUACUCCUGACCGCAGUCGUGUGGAAUUUCAUGAUAUGCAUGGGAAGGUGACUGCCCACCCACAUAAUUCUGUACCUGCACCACUCCAUGAACGGUUAACAUUACUGCGACACUUCAGUCAGUACAUGGACGAGCACUUAACAGAGGGAGGUGACAUUAAACACCAGCCUCAAGUGGCUGUAACCAAUAGACAUAAAUCAGCUGUCCCUCAUAUGAAACGCUGGGUUCGCACCAACACUGCUAUCAUCAUGGAACUCUGCAAUGGGACCUUGCAGAUAAACUUCUUCAAGGAUCACACAAAGGUGAUAAUUUCUGCAGAGAAACAUGGCUACAUGGUGACAUACAUUAAUGGUGAUCGUCUGAGUUGUUCAUAUUGGUUAGCCCAUAUCACACAAUUCAGCUGUGAGGCAAAUAUUUAUGACCGGCUGCGGUUUGCCACUGCCGUUGUUCGUGAAUUUGCUGAGUUGGAUGGAGAAGAAGUUUGACAGACUUCUUGAUGAAGUAUUCUGUGAUUAAUUUUGAUAGGAAUUUGAUAGUAACUACUGGGGGUUAUGACCAUUAUGAUGGAAUGUGUAUUAUACUGUAUCACAGUGAUACUGUUAGGAACAUGAGAAAUGAAAAUACUUCAGAAGUACGAAAACAGAUGGAGUUAUUCUGUGAUAUAUGUUCACUUCCAAUAAAUGUUGUGACAUUUAGUUAUGCAGGAAGUUGAAAUUAGUGAGAACUAUUGUAACCAGUGCCUAGCAGACUUGUUGAAGUCUACUUUACCUAUGUCAUUAGUUGUUAGUUAAAGAAGAAAACAACCAUCAUGUGGACUUAUUUGCUUAAGACCAAAACUUCGGUUAUCUUGUUACAGUUAAUUCUCCCAGUGGUUGUAUGCUUUGUGGUGCACAGACUGUGGCAAGUCCCUUAGUAUUAUGAAGAAUUCAUUCAUUAGUCAGAAUAAAACACUGCCUUUUAAGGGAGUCCACCUGCCAGAAGAGUGAUGUUGCAUAUUUAUAGUGAUACUGGUAGUUGGGAAAUUGACUCACUAGGGCUUUCAGUAUCAAGUUAUACAUAUUAUUAACUUUGUAUAUAUGUUCUAUAGGCUUUUGUUGCUCUCAAAGAAUUGUUUUUUAUAUAUAUAUUUCAGUGAGUUGUCUCCAUCAUGUUAUAAGAAUACUGAGCUACAAUUUAAUCGGUGCUUUUAUAGCGUUUUCCAGUUAAAUCCAAUUUUGGUUUUGUUACUUCCACCACCUCUUCAGCACUUCCAGAUCUUGUACCAAUAAUAAACCUGACUGACACUUUAAUUUUGAUACUUCCAUGAAAACAGCUGAGUACUGAAACUUCCGUGUCUCAAGUCGACAUCUAAGAAAUAGUUUUCUAAUGUAAAUGGAUGACAAUUUUGUCACUUCUGUUAGAUGCAAAAUAUGCUACCUAAAUGACUCUUGUAAGCAAAUGGCACUUCAAAAAAGAUGUUAACAUGCAGUGGAUAUUUAUGAAGGAAAAUUUAUAUUAAUGCUCUAAAAAAAUAUAUAUAAUGUAAUCCACACACAUCCGCACUUACAGGUACCAGUGUAUUCUGAAGUUCAUUAACUCUAUGGAAUUAAAACAUUCUUUCAUGUUGUAAAAAGUGCAGUAAUCUGAUGUUUCACUUCAUGAUUCUUGUUCCAGAAGUAAGUUGCAACAUCCUUCCAAAUAAUCAUUAGUUUACUGUUUGUUUUAAAUACCAUGACAUAUGGAGUGGUACUUAAGUCUUCAACAAACAGAGAAUUGAUCACAACAAACACUGAAAACAAAUAUCACGUAUGUUCCUCUGUGAUAGUAUAUUUUUAAAAAUGGUUACUGGCAUAUUUCUGUGGAGAGCUGAAGUAACAACUGGAUUUCCAUUCAGUUGACAUAGACUUCCAAGAAUUAAUUUGUCACAUAUUUGAAAAAUUUAGCUUUAUGUGUUAAGUUAUGUUGGGAUAUCCUGUCUUUAUUUCUGCCUUAUGUUUGAAUACUAGUAUUUAUUAUAUGAAGCUCAUAUACACAUAUAUUAAAGAUUAAUUAUAUUAAUUAUAUACAUUAAUGUAUAAAGGAAGUUUGAAAUCCUUCACUUGUGUAAUAAGAAUAGUAUAUAAAAUGAUACCUCACAUUUGAUUGAGGGAAUUGCUCAAGCAGCUACAUGCAAGAACCUUGAAGUGAGGAUGAGAGUGAAAGGAAACUGGAUAAAAUGAAGGAGUUUGUGGGGGUGUGUGAUCUUCAGUUUUGGCAUGAAAACAAGCUAAAAUACAAACGAAUUUUGUUGUUAUUAUUUAUACUGGAUCUAAAUUGAAAUUAUUUGCAUCACGUAAGAGAAGAUGUGAUUUAAUUUUAACAUUAAAAUACAAUACAAAAGCAGUAAUAUGUAGACAUUAUUCAUAGUGAAAAUUCAAUGUGCAGAUAUGGAAUACUGAUCUGAAUUGUAAUUAUUUUGUGAUGUGCUAUUCCUGUGUUAUAUUGGAGGCUGCAGGGUUUUAUAUAGGUGCAGUAAUUUUUUUUUGUUUAGAAAUGGGGCUCUGGGAAGUCACCACGAUAGAUAAGAAGGAACUAUCAUUUAAUAACACUUCUGCAAAAUAAUGCAAUAAUUGUAUGUUAAUUUUUUUGAAGAUUAUAUUGUAUACAUUUUGUUCUUAUGUAACACCAUAUAAAAUGGCAUACAAGACUUCACAGAAGGAAGUAAAUUUUGUGUUCUCGCAUAAAAAGCAACACUGCUUUAGUGACUUAUGUGAUCUAUGGUCAUUGCUGGUAAAUUACUGGAUACGAAUCAGUCUGGCUAAUAUAGCAGUAAAUUAAGUGAGGUUUCUUGCCUUUAAAUUGCAUGGGGACAUUUACUGCAUAAGCAUGAUGAUUAUUAAGAGAAUUAGGAACUACCGGUCAAAUGUUUUAAGGCAUUUUACCAGCAAUCACAUGGAAAGAUUGAGGAAAAUCACACAUCCUGGCUGAUAAUUGCAACUGGUUAUCUAGCAUAGCACUCCCUAAAUUGAUGAGAAAAAACUGCAGUGUACUGGGUUAAGUUGCUGCAAGUAUUGUGUUAUGGAAUUAUUUUCAAUGAAUGAAUUGUAAUGUACCACACAGUUGUUGACAUUUGUAGUAACUGAGUUGCCAUUUGCUGAAAAGCUUUCCAGAUUAAAACACAUGUUAUGGAUGAUUUUAUUACAGUUUAACUUCUGUAUAAAUACAAAAGGUGCUGAAAUAUUUGCACUAAGCUCAGACAAAAUAUGUAGCUGGCUGUGUGAUAGUUGUGUCGUAACAUUUAUUGGAUCAGUCCUUCACAUUAUCUGGCCUGUUAUGAAGUUCACUAUCGUAGAAAAGCAAAGCGUGAGGUGAAUGUUUUUUAAAAGAAAUGAAGAAUUGUAAAUUUGUUAAGGCUCUAUAAUGAUUAAAACAUUUAGUUUAUCAUUUACCAUUAAUCAGCUAAUCAGUGAGAAAAAUAAUUUGUCUGAAACGAAAGAAAUUUUGUUCAGUGUAGCUUCCAAUUAAGCAAGGAAAACAGAGACCUGUGGCAGAUUUGUUGAAACUAAAAUGGAUUCUGAGGUCAAUAAGUAAACUUUUUUAAUAAGUGAUAAAAAAUAUAUGUGAAUGAACGUGAAAAAUUAAUGCCAGUAUAAUAUUUGAAGUCAAAUAUUGCAUCUUGUUUUUUUAAACAAAUCAGUGUAUUAUGUUGUUUGAGUAGUUGAAGAAAAUAAUCAGCAAUUAAAAAGUAAUCAGCGAAUUAUGACAGAAUUAAAAUUUAUAUAAAAAUUUUCUGUAUCACAUCUUGUGU